GAAGAAUCAUCAAAGUAAAAUCCAAAACUCUUAAAAACAAGAAAAAGUCUCUCCUGAGUGAGGUGUGAUUGAUCUCCCCCUUCCUUUCCUUUCACAUAUAAAUAACACAAAAAAUUCCAGGUAAACCCUAAUAAAUUGAAAACGAUUACUUCAAGUCAUCAUUAAUAUAAAAAAACUUUCUUACAAUAUAUAUAUAUAUAUAAUAAUUCCUCAUUAUUAUAUAAAACUCUCUUUUUUUUUACAUUCAAAGCCGAUCAGAAAACCGCUGGAAUCUGAUAAACAUGUUUAGGUUCUGGGGUUCACAAGAACAACCAGUUGAUCAAAGGCCACAAGAAAGUACGGCGAAUUCAUGGCAUCCUCCUCCGGUUGGUAGCUCACCCAGUUCGUCUCGCCCUGGGACUCCUGGUAGAACCAAUUCAAAUGCGUAUUCACCGCGGGUUGGGGACCGGCCUCAAGUUUCUCCCUCGGAGGCUGCUGGUAUUAUUGGUUAUUUGAAGGACAAAAGUGUUGACGAGUUACGGAAGCUUUCUGAUCCAGUGGCUUAUCAACAAUUUCUACAUUCAAUUGACCCUGUGAGAACUCAGAACAAUGUAAGAGAUGAGCUCCGAAAUGAAACCGUGCAGCUUGCUAGACAAAACCUGGAAAAGGAACCCCAGAUAACAGAGUUGAGGAACCAGUGCAUGAUAAUUAGAACGAGUGAGCUAGCAUCUGCUCAGGAAAAGCUAAAUGAUCUUACCAAGAGAAAAGCUGAACUCCUUAAAUGUUACUCCCCUGGUUCCUUGCUACACAAGUUACAAGAGGCUAUGAGUAAAACCGAUGAGGAAUCUGAGAAGCUCCAUGAGCAGCUUCUUGAAAAAGAAAUUGAUCUUACGACGUUCGUUCAGAAGUAUAAAAAGCUACGUGUUGUUUACCAUAAACGGGCUCUCACACACCUCGCAGCGAAGACUUCUUUGGGCAGUUGACCAUUUUAUGCAGAACAUUUUUCUAGUUUGUGAAUGGCUUUGCAUUGCAAAAUUGAACAUGAAAAGUUACUAAAUUUUGGAUGGCUUUGUAUUACAUCCUUGUGCUGAUGUCGAUUUUUUUUUUUAUUUAUUUUUGUAGUGGUUAUUAAUGGAUAUGAUAGAUUUGUUAUGAUUCAGAUACUCUUAAUAAAACUGAUAUAUUUUGUUUUGUGGAA